AUGAAUCGCCCGGUACCGGGAGGGGAUUUGCACAUUUUCCUGGGGGUAUCAGAGACGGCCAUUAGCGCCGUGUUGAUGCAAGAACGGCCUCAGCCGAGACUAAUUUAUUUCGUGAGCCGCACGCUCCUGGACGUAGAAACCCGAUACCAACGGGUAGAGAAGGUGGCGUUGGCCUUGUUGAACGCGUCCCGAAGACUCCGCCCUUACUUCCAAAGCCAUCAAGUGGUCGUCAGAACCAACUUCCCUAUAUCCAAAAUCAUAAGAAAGCCGGAUUUAGCCGGACGAAUGGUGGCGUGGGCGGUGGAGCUGUCAGAGUUCGGCUUGCGUUACGAGCCUAGAGGGUCGGUCAAAGGCCAACACUUAGCAGAUUUUGCGACCGAGCUACCCUCCUCCGGUCAAGACGAGUGGAGCCUAUACGUCGAUGGAGCGUCCGGCAGGACGGUCAGCGGGGCCGGCAUCGUCCUGGAAGGCCCUAACGGAUUCUUACUGGAACUUGAAGCCCUGGUGGCCGGCCUUGAACUUGCAAAGGACAUGGGGGCAAAAAGGAUUACCUGCCGCACAGAUUCGGAACUGGUGGUCGGCCAAAUGAAUGGCACCUUCCAAGUCCGGGAGGAGCGACUGCUACGAUACUUCCAGCGAGCAACGGAGCUAACAAGAACGUUCGAUAAGGUCGCCAUACAGCACAUCCCCAGGGAACAAAACACAAGGGCCGACCUACUAUCCAAGCUUAGUUCGGGAAGAGAAAUAGGACAGUUGACCACUGUCGUGCGGCAAGUUCUACUCCAACCUUCAGUGGAGUGUUCGGUAGUGUCCGACGGGGGGAAAGAUUGGCGGACAGAAAUUAAAGAAAUCAUGACCCGCCAGGACGAGGGACGGACGGUAGGACCAAGCGAUGCCAAGAAGGUCGCUCGUUACCUCAUGGUGGGGGACGACUUAUACCGGAGAGGAUUUUCCUCCCCCCUCCUCAAGUGCUUGGGGGAGGCGGAGACGCAUUACGUUAUGGACGAGCUUCACAAUGGCAUUUGUGGUCUCCAUACAGGUUGGCGGACGUUAAAUGCCCGGUUACUCAGAGCCGGAUAUUAUUGGCCAACCAUGGAGGCAGAUACAAAGGCGUUCGUCCAAAAAUGCAUCAGUUGUCAAGCGCACGCUAACAACACCCACUUACCCCCUCACGUCCUGCAUUCAAUCACAUCCCCCUGA